UUCCGCUCCUUCCUCCGAUGUUUCAGCACAAACAGCACCAAAACCCUACGAAUUCUCUGAUCUUUCCCCCCCUUUUUCCACAUUCUUUGCCGUUUGAUUUCCUAAAAAGCUGUAUUUUAUACCUUUGGUCGUUUCCAUUUGAAGUUCUGGGGGCGGAGUUGCGCGGUCGCCGGCCGUUUGAGGCAAUCGCAAGGAAGAAGCGAGAUCCAAACUCGAAUCUUAUAUCUUAAUUCUAGGAUAGGGGGAGCUUGGAGUCAUUCUUUUUUCCUAGAGGUUGAUCUGGCCUUCUUGUGUCAUGGCUGCAAGAAGUUCCACCAGAGAGAGAAGUGAACUUCACCGGUUUUCAACAGCUCUUUCUUCUGCUUUCACAGAAUGGCUGCUAAUUCUUUUGUUGCUCGUUGAUGCAUUUUGUUUAUACUUGCUGAUAAAGAUAUUUCGCUACUCUAAGUUGCAGACUCCAUGUUUAGUUUGCUCAAGGUUUACCUAUCUUUUAGGAAAUGAAAAGCUGGGAUUUUAUAAUGACUUCCUUUGUGAUGUGCAUAAGUUGGAGAUAUCCACCUUUGCAUUUUGUCAUGUACACAAAAAACUUGCUGAUGCUAGGGAAAUGUGUGAAACCUGCCUCCCUUCAUUUGCCGAAAAUAAAUCGAGUAUGGAGAUAUGUAAAUUUUUGUGGAGUAAGCAAUGUGUAAACCCAGAUGAUGAGAUGGUGAAAGUUCCUCUGCUAGAAAAUGAUCAAGAAGGUAGUUCUCUGCACAAAAAGCCUUGCUCAUGCUGUUCGAAACUGUGCAAUAUAAAACGAUCUGCAUACAGGCCAUUUGAAGACAAGCCAAUUUUCAAAGAGCUUGCUCACCCUGCUAUCCAGUUAUCCAGUGCAAGGCUACAUUCUAGAGCACAUUUUCCUGAUAGAUUGAGCAAGGACAGAAAAAUUUUCUCCAUGCAGUUAGCUUAUCAGCCUGGAGAAGAUUAUGGCUUUGAUCCUCAUUUCUCGUACAGAGAGCUGAAGUUUUCUUCUGACUCGGAGUUAGAAGUUGCAUACUCGGGUGAUGAUGCUGAUGGCAGCAAUAAGGUCCCCCGAACUGAAGAAGUCAAGGAAGAAUCUGUUGCGCAAAAUCUGAAGUCAUCUACUUGUCUCACUGAUGCCCUAAAAGAUUUAUCUGUGAUUUCAGACAAUAUGGUCCUAGAGAAGCUAAUUCAUCUUGAUCCUAUUAUAUCUGAUGUUUCUUCAAUUUCUAAUAAUGAAAUUAAUGAAGGUGGUUCUUGCUUAAAUUCAUUUCCGGAAUCCAUUAAUGGCCUUCGUCAUGGCUUGGAGGAAAUCAACUGGAUUAAUGUUGAAGUGAAACCAACUCUUCCACUAUCAUCUCAAAUCACAUCUGAAUUAGUUCCUACUGAAAUCUCGAUUGUUGAAGAAGUUGAUGUUUCAAGAACAUCUUCUACUCCAAAGAUUGAAGCCAUCAGUAUUUUGAAUUUAACUGAUACAAGUUCCAAACCUGACAAACAUUUGAGCAAGCUUGAUGGAAAUCUUCCUUUUGGCGAUAAAGUAGCCCAGCGAAUACCUACAUCUACUGAGAUUACCCUGUCAAUGUCAAGGGAAUCUGGUAGGAUCCAUGAAGAUCUGAAGCAACGUCUGUUCCAACUCCCAACUUCUUGUAGCCUUGAAUCCUCGUGGACUGAUUUCAAUUUCAGUGUUGGCAAGGAUGAUGAAAACAAAUUAUCUGAUACUUCUUGUUGUAAUAGGUUACAUAGUGUUACUAAGAGACUGGAUUCUGAUUUAUCAUUUGUGGAAUCUACUGAUGGAAGCCUUGUCUCUGAAGUUGAAGGAGAGGGUUCAGUUGGUAGUUUGAAAAGGCAGAUUGAAAUUGACCACAAGUUCGUGAGUAAUCUAUACAAAGAACUGGAGGAAGAAAGAAAUGCUUCAGCUAUUUCUGCAAAUCAAGCUAUGGCCAUGAUCAAUAAGUUGCAAGAGGAAAAGGCUGCUAUGCAGUUGGAGGCUAUGCAGUACCUGAGGGUGAUGGAAGAACAAGCUGAGUAUGAGCAGCGGAAACUAAAUGAUCAGCUCAAAGAAAGGGAGAAAGAAAUAAAAGAUCUUGAAGCAGAACUUGAAAGCUGUAGGAAGCGGUGCUGGGAUGAAUCAUUUGCAGGGAAGAAUUUACAGCCAUCAUAUGAUUCUGAUGAAAGUGAAUACAGUACUACUAGUACUCCUCAUGUCCUAAAACCCAGGGGAAGGGACAAGCAUCACUUGACAGGUAUAACAUUCCAGGAUUUUGCUUGGCCUCCUGCUUCAGGUUCAAUUAAAGAAACUGUGUUGGAUUUUGAAGAUGAGAGGGAGUAUAUCUUAGGAUGCCUGAGAAGGUUGGAGAAAAAUCUUCGUCUGUUCUCCAGUGCGGAUGCAUCUAGACGUAAUGAAGAGGAUGAUGAGUUCAAUGAUGAAGUUUAUGCAGGUGAUACUGAAAGUGAAAACCACCAAAAUCAAUGCUUAAAUGAAGAUAAAAGAUCUAGAAACUGUUUGUGUUCUCUGAACAAAAUUGAUGAGGAUUGUCCGACUCGACAAUUUAAUCGAUUAGAAGAAAAAAUUUCAUAUGUAAAAAAUCUACCAGUAUCUGUUGAAAGCCUUUCUCUUGAGGAACGGGAUUCUGAGAUCAAUUCAAAUGAAGAAGAGAAUAUGCUAAGUUCUUCCUUCAAGAAAAAGAAGCACCCAAAGACAAGUACAAGACAUAAUUUAGUAGCUCUUGGUGAUGAAGUUGAACACUUGCAUGCAAGGUUGGAGGCACUUGUAGCUGAUCGAGAUUUCCUUGAGCGUACUAUUAACUCUCUUAAAAAUGGGAAAGAUGGGCUACAGUUUGUUCAGGAAAUAGCUACCCACUUGCGAGAAAUUAGAAAAAUUGCUUCCACGCAAAGAGAGCAAGUAAAAGCUUGAACUUCUUACAUUCUUUUUAAAGCUCAUGGAAAGUUAUACUGACAUCCAGCUUGCUUCUUCAGAGGACGCUUCUGUGGUAAUCAUAUUCUUUCUGUCUUGGAUUCCCAAAACAAAACUUAUGAUGAGGAUACACAAAUGUCACUCAAUAAGCCGGCGCUUUGAAGUUAGUCUCUUUUGCUUCAUGAAUUUUGUAUUUUGAGUGAAUUUUUAAUUUUUUUUUUCAUUUCAUUUGAAGAGUUUUCAUCUUCUGUUUUUAGAGUUCUUUUUAAUUGCAUGUGUAAAUUGUUACCAAUGUUAAACUCGGCUUCUUUCUUUCUUUUUUUGGAAA